ACUAAUAUGUCCGAAAACAGCUCCUAAGGACCGAAACGCGCAGAACAAUGGAUGAUGUUACUGCACUGUGCCUUAGCCACCAAUAUGGUCGCUUAGCCAUGCCUGAAGCUGAAGCAUAGAAUUUUCUGGAUUUUGGCUCUCGGGAACUCAUCUCAUUAUUUUAUAUCUUGUGCUCAUCUUUUAUAUCUCCAUUAUUUAUCUUUAUUUUGUAGUUUAUUUCAUAAUUAAAUUAUAAAAAUUCAUUGACUACCGUAUGUAUGUUAGUAUAAAUGAUGGAUCUCGUUUGACCUGAAUUCAAAUACAUACUAAUAAUAUGCAAUUCUAAGUGUCUAAAUAAUUCAUGAUGUGUUGGAUUUUUAACAAUAUGGAGUUGAGAGAUUCCUUAAAAGAAAUGGAGGUGAGAGAAAAGUCAUGUGUAUUCAUCCUAAUUGCAAGAAAACGAACUUAAAUUAUCUUCUCUUCUUCUCUUACUCCUUAAUGUUAUUAGGUUUUCAAACACUUAACCUUAAAAAUUUCCCUCUAUUUCUAAUGUAUUAAUUACUAAUGAGAGCAAUCCUAAAUUUUUCCCAUCUCAUCCUAUUUAAAAUUUGAAUUUCGGUGGAACUUAGUGGAGUUUGUAUUGUUAAUUGGGUAAUUGUGGCUUUAUGGUUUGUAUGCAAAGUUAUUUUCAAAUUUCCAUGCAUGGUAUACAUAAAACAUUUAAUUGUGGCUUUAUGGCUUUUAAUCAGAUUUUGUUUGGCUUUCCUUAUUUUUAGGCUUACUAUUAUUUAUGCAAUUUGAUUUUCAAUUCAACUUUCUCUCUUUUAUUAAGCACGGCCUUUCUGUUCUUCAAAUUUCCUCACACCAUAACCUCUCUCAUCCUCCACGCCAUCACCAACAGAGCCAUCAAAUGUUCGUUUCUGCACAAAUUGCGUUCUCAAACAACAACAAGGCACUUCUUUCCCUAUUUGUUUCGAACUCUUCGACGAACCCUUCCAUACCUAAUCUUCACUUCAUGUGCAUCCGUUGUCCUUCAAUUACUCAUCGAUCUCGUGUUCUUCCUUCUUCGACGCCUGAUUUCGCUUUCCUUUGUCCUCCUUACGCCGAUCCUAAAUUCUCUUACUUCAAAAUUGUUCGGAGUGGUAUUGAAUUUCAUGCUAAUAAGGUUCUUGCGGCCGCCGCAGAGAUUUUGGCUAAUACUUUGACUAGAUCGGAUGGAUGCUGAGAGAAGAGUUAUGGUUACGGUUGGAGCUAGGUUUAUAAACGGAGCUUUCUUCUGUUUGGGAUCUUUCAGAAUCCAAGUUCCUCCGCCUUCGUUUUGUUUCAAUGGAGCGCCAAAUGAGAUUUUUUUCGGUGACUGGUGUUCUGCGGUUUACACAAUGAGGGACCCUUCAACCCAUCACAGUACGUGUUGUUUACAUCCAUCUACUUAUAGAUUCAGACUUAAUUUAUUUCAGCGCAAGGCAAAGCUACCCGCUUGCUUCUCAAGGGAGUAUGGAAUGGAAGUGGCUCCCUUAGUUAUGCUUCGUGAUCCAAGCAGGAAUGAAUUCGAGGUUAUGAUUGAGAAGAAGAAUGGUAAGGUCUAUUUCACUGAUGGAUGGGCUACAAUGAAGGAUUUUUAUAUCAUCACUGCUUGCUCAUGGAUGACUGUGAUAUAUGCAAAUCGCAACCUAUUUCUCUUUCGUGGAGUUACUAGGAAAGAAAGGGAAUUCCUCUAUCCUAGGUUCAGUCCUCCGAAGAGAUUUCUUUUGAAACACAUGUCCCCAAGCUCUGCAGGGAACACUACCAUUCCUAAUGCUCUUGCUUUUUUGUUCUUCCAAAGAAAUUUUACCACACCAUUCAGAAACAGUUGACAGCUUCUGAUGUGGACUCUGGAAAUUUGUCUGUUUUGUCUGCUGAAGCGACCGAACUGCCGAUAGUUGAUUACUUGCGGUAUAGCUGGAAAUGUAACAUGAAGUUCAGUAAUGGCAAGGAUCUUCCGUACAUCAUUUAUGGGCAGUGGAAACAAAUUUGCAAAGCACGUAAGUUCACUAAAGGAUCAAUGGUUAAGUUUGGUGUGACGGAUGCAAAUAAUAGGAUCAUUUUCAUACUUCCGCCUCUGAUGUUGGUUCUUCGUUCAAGGAUUCCUCUGAUCAGUAUUUCCGGAAGAAUUAGUGGAUAUGGACUGUCACCUAACUUGGAAAGCUGCUCAUAUAUUUCCUUUUGUUCAAUGUUAUCUUGAUGUUUUGGUUUUUUGUUUUUAGUUUGGGACAUGUAAUGCACAUUUUUGAUGCACUUUUUGGAUGAUGUUGUUCUGUUGCUGUUAUGUUAUGCUGUGUUGAUCUUUUGCGACUGGAUUUCGGUUUUGUGGGCUAUUGUCAUGUUUAAUCAACACUAAUUUAAUGUUGUUUUGCUUUGACUA